AAUAUUUUUUUUUAUUUAAAAAUGUUUUAAAAUGUUUUAUUGACUUGAGCAUUUACAACAUUUAAAAUUUUUCUUCUUCUUUUUCCCCAAAUUAGUAUCUUCAUUAUUAAAAACUUCUUGUUCUUGUUCUUGUUCAAUUCUGUCCUGAAUUUUCUUCCUGUCUUUAUCCAAAAACCCCCGAUUUCCUUUCAAAUCCUUACCAAACAUCCAAUUACAAGCAUUCACUCCAUGCUCCUCUUCAUACUCUGUCAAAUUCGUAUGGAAAUAUUUCGGAUUCAUAUAUCCGAAGAGCUUUCUAGCUCCAAUUAGCGGUGGCAACACAGGAUCUUUCUCUUUGCUCAACUUCAAUUUCUUACACGUUACCAACAUAUGAUCACCAACUUCUUCUUUUGAUUCUCCAUCGGCAGGAUCUGCCUCAAACGAAGUUUGUCCAUCAUAAUCAGUGCGAUAAACUGACUUCAUUCGUUUCCUGUACAUCUCUUUGAUUUUUUGAAUAGAUAGCUCUAACCCGACAUCUUUAACAUUAAUCUUUGUAUCUAACCAAACUGCACCUUCCGGUAAUAUCUUAUACUCGUCAAGGUUUUCCUUCGCUAGAGUUGAUUUUAUGAAUGUUUUCUUCCUGUAAUCUGCUUGGUAGGUUGAGAUAAAAGCCAUUGUUUUAACAGAAAUUUUCACAUUCAACAAAAAUAUUAAUAAUGACAAUUACAAGAUGCCAAUGAAAAUGAUACAGUGACAGUGUCAAAAUUUCACGUAAAAAUGGGUCAGCUCUGCAGUAUUUUUACGAAAUUAACCGUUUUAAUCCUAUCCCCACUCGCGAAUCAAAUCGUAAAGGAACAUGUCCUUGAAUGUGAGCGCCGGGAACAAGACCUCGAACUCAUUCAGAGACUAGGUCAAGAGCGAGCUCACGCGUUGCCAUUUCCCAUACAAAAAAGACAACGAUUAACCGUGCAAUCGUCGGAGAUAAUCAACAGUUUUCGAGAUGCCUCGACAAGCGCCCAGCUUGAAUACUCACUGUGUCCACUCAACGCAAAACAGGAAGCUAUCGUGGCAUACUCCCUGGAUGAGAGCCGCAGCCUCACGACGAUACUUGCUUGCAAAUUCGAGCUGACCAUCAUACGCAGGGAUAUGUUAACGCUGCAUGGUAAUAAUUGGUUGAACAACGAGAUAAUCAACUUUUACAUGAAGAUGAUCAUCGAGCGUAGUCGUAAUGCAUUGAAUAAUUUCCCGGAUGUAUAUUGUUUUGAUUCGUCGUUUUAUCCGAAAUUAGUGAAGGAUGGGCCGUUUUCAACUAAAAAGUGGACUAAGACAGUGAAUAUUUUUCAUCAUGAGCUGAUUUUUAUACCGAUGCAUAUCGGGUUGCAUUGGUGUUUAAUUUGCAUCAAUAUGGCGGAACAGAAAGUCGUUUAUUAUGAUAGUGGUCCUAAGAGCGUGAAUAAUUGUCUAAAUAUUAUCAUGAAGUAUCUAUACGUAGAGUAUGAGGAUAAACAAGGCAGUGUUCUGGAUGUGGAUAAUUGGAAGUUGGAAUCUGCACGUGGUGUACCCCAGCAUAAGCAUGCGGGUGAUUGUGGCGUUUUUGUCUGUGCAAUCGCCGAGUUUUUAAGUCGCCAAGCACCGUUUACCUUCACACAUGCAGAUAUUCCUCUGAUUCGUAAGAGGAUGGUUGUGGAGAUAAUGAUUGGCGGAUUAUUGGUACAAUAGUAAUGGAAAUUUUUGUUGGCAUUUUGUGCAAAAUUAAACCAUUUAAACUGAUAA